UUCAACAAUUGACUAUUUCUUUAUCAUUCCACCUGUCACGGCCCAGCACGCGCGGUACCGUUCCCAGCUCAUCGCGGCUCAACGCGCGUCUAUCAUCUGCUACCCUCGACACGAAACAACCUGCGUAAACAACACCACUCCUCGUAGAGGUAGAAUGUCAACCUCUCACUCGCCUUCCAAAGCCACGCCUCGACGCGUUUUGGGUGAUGUUACCCCGAAAGCUCUCAACUCGCCUUCAAAACAAAGACACGCGCCGCUCCCAUCCGGAGUCGCCCCAGCCAAAGGACCAUUGACCCAGGCUUCCACUCUUUUGCCCAAUGCUUCUCUGAAUAAGGAGAACCUUAAAUUCCCAGUGCCACAUUCUCCAAGCAAGAAACGAAGCAUCUACGAGGUCGAGGACGCGGAAAACGCGGGGAACGCGAAGGCCAUGUUUGGGGCACGCGAUCCGAAAAUGGGGUGGAAGGCUGCUCUGACAGCUACCGAAUUGGAAAAACAUACGACAAACCAUCCUGUAGACAUUCCCGUACCCGGAUCGCCUACCGAACGCAACACGCCCACCCCAGAGCCCGAAGAGCGGCAGCCAGUCCAGCCGCCCUCCCAGAACUCCUUCUCCAACUUCCUAAAUUAUGACCAAUGUGCGAGCCAGAAGAGCGAACGCCCCCCGCCAUCGCCUUCGCCAUCUCCCCCACCUCUGGCCGUAGAUCAAGUCAGGAAGGACAAGUCCAGAGCCGAACUCCUGCGCACAAGGCUAGCCCUCGGUAUCUACAAGGUCAGGACCAACCAAACGGCCAAACGCAGCUCCGACAUUAUCUCGUCGUUUGAAGCAACAAGAAAACCACGUUUGAUGAUGCCCCCUCCGCAUUCCACCACCGGCGUUCCCAGCAUAACCCUCUCUACCACCCCCACCUCCUCCAACAUGUCCGCAAACAACAAGUACAACUCCCCUCAAUUCCUCUCCAUAAAAGCAAACCUCGACCCGGGCCGUCCCAUAGGCAAACUAGCCCCAGCCCCCGUGCUCGCCCCUACGGCCUACUCGUCGCGAACGCCGCAAGACUACCACCCCAGUGCGAGAUCAACAGCAUCGUCGCACUUGCAGUACCACGUAUCCCCUUCGCAGCACCAUGUGCCCGCUUCGCAGCAUAUGCCACCCUCUUCAGCUAGCCAAGUCAGAUACUCGGUGCCAGCGCCGACACAAUACCGAGAAGUUGAGAGAACGGCGGAGGAGCAGCGGAGGAUACGUGAGGAUAGUUAUGACGAUGAUCUUUCAGGUAAAGGGAAGGCUGCUAAGGGGCUGCUGCAGCUAAUGCGUGGCUCGAGGGCGUAGUUUGAUUUUUCUUUGUUUCUGUUCUUGUCCCUUAGGCUGAUAUCGUUGUUGGUUGUCGUUGUCGUCAUUAGAAAUGCAUGUGGAAGAUGGUGAGCUAGGAGCACGGAAAGAAAAAUGGCCUCUUGCUCCCCACUGCAUCUGGCUUUGUUGUAAUCGUACCAGAAAACGUAGACAGAUCUUUUCCAUAGCAUACAGUUUUCCAUUAUUACCAAUUACUAUCCCUCUCAGCUCAUCUCUCCUCGUUCUUCCCGUUUUUCUUUUCUUUCUUUGGCCCCCCUUCAGAGAUGGCACGACUCUUUGCCAGUCUGAUACAUGAAAGCGAAUAGAAACAUAUCUCUCUCUCUCUCUCUCUUGAUAUAUACAUAUCUUCUUCCCUAAAACCUGUGAACACUUCUCUGAGAGAUAAAUUCCCCUGCUCUCCUUUACUAACAAACAAAUAUAAUUUCAAACGCACAUCAUUCUCCCACUCCAGUAAGAAAGAACCACCAAAGAGAACGGUGCCGAGAGCAGUAAGAAGAAAGAUAAGACUAUCAACGAGCGAGCAAUAGAAUGACCCUUGUGUGUCCUUUCCCUAGUCGAGUCUGCCUUCCCCCAUUUCCAAAUCCCCGUUACGGAUCCCAAAUCCCAUCUCACAGUCUCUACGAAAUUCUU